AUGGGCUUCAGCGAGACUUUACGCGCGGCGGUGGCCCCAGGGCCGGACCGGAAACUUCCUGGCGCAGUGGUGAUGGCUGCUGAUGCUUCUGGUAGGGAAAUCAUCUACGCCCAGGCCGAAGGGCAGACGUCGGUUGAUCCAGAGAACGCAAAGCCCAUGUCAAUCGACACGACCUUCUGGAUAGCAUCGUGCACCAAGCUAGCCACGUCGAUUGCAGCGCUACAAGCAGUCGAGAGAGGACUCCUGGACCUGGACGCUGAUGUAUCCAAAAUUCUUCCAGAGUGGAAGGAACCCGAUAUCCUGACAGGCUUCUCCGAUGCCGGCGAGCCUCAGCUGAAGAAGGCGACGAAGAAGAUCACCCUGCGUCAACUCCUGACUCAUUCCAGCGGUAUGGGCUACGACUUUUUGAGUCCGCUACUAGCUCAAUGGAGACAGUUCCAGGGAGAGCCGAGUGGUCCCUCAGGAGAACCUAUCACCAAACGACUACUCCUACCGCUAAUCUAUGAGCCAGGAGAAGGUUGGUCGUACAGCAUCGCAAUCGACUGGAUAGGGAAAAUGAUUGAGCGAGCCAACGGAAAUAUUCGCCUUGGUGACUACCUGAAGCGUCACAUCUGGGAGCCUUUGGGAAUGACUUCAACCGGCUUCCGUGUCCCAGAAAACGAUCAGAUCGCCAGGAACCUUUGCCCGACAACAGAACGAAAACCGACGGGUGAACUCGUCCCAUCCGCCCCGUAUAAUCACCCGGACCCUGUCGAUGAUUUGGGUGGAGGUGGCUUGUACAGCUCUGCCGCCGACUACAUCAAGAUAUUGAUCUCGUUACUGAAGAACGAUGGGACGUUACUCAAGCCGGAUUCUGUCAAGAUGAUGUUUGAGCCUCAGCUUGCAGAUCCUAAGCACCUGCUGGAGCAGACACAGCAUCCGAUAGCUGGCCCCAUCUUCAGAAAUGGAGUCGAGUCAGAAUCGUGGAAUUCCGGAUUGGGAGGUAUCUUGACGACCGUAGAUGUGCCCGGGGUGUGUAAGAAAGGCACCUUGUCCUGGGGAGGACUUCCCAACCUGUUCUGGUGGAUUGAUCCGGCUGCCGGCAACUGUGGUAUCUACGCCUCACAGUUACUUCCACCAGGAGAUCCGACAUCGGUCGCUCUCUCUGUGGAAUUCCGCAAGGAGAUUUACUCUCGUUGCACAUCGUGA